UGUGGCAGUCGGCAUAUAGAAGUAGCCCGGUGGGGGGGCAGAGCAGGCAUCCAACAAGUUUCACACAUCUUUUCUUUGAGCCAAGAAAUACUUUGCUCCAAAGCGCGCGGGCACAGGGACGCGGGAAAAUAUGGCUGGUCUUUCAGCCUGGUUUUGGAACGAGAGGUUCUGGCUCCCUCACAACGUAACCUGGGCGGAUCUGGAGAACCCAGCUCCCGGGGUGGAGUAUCCUAAAGUCGGACACUUGUUUACCGCCUUACCGCUAGCUUUGGGAAUUUUCGUCGUAAGGAUACUCUUUGAAAGAUUUAUUGCCAGUCCCUGUGCCCGAAGUCUCCACAUUCAUCAGGGUGCUGGAAGAAGAGCUCAGCCCAAUGCAGUGCUGGAAAAAGUGUUUACAUCCAUCACAAAGUCUCCUUGGAUGUGGGAUACACGGCAUUGUUGGUACGGUUACCCCUACCAGGCCAUGACUCCAGGUCUUUAUCACUACUAUGUGACAGAACUGGCCUUCUACUGGUCGCUCAUGUUCUCCCAGUUUACCGACAUUAAAAGGAAGGACUUCCUGAUCAUGUUCAUCCAUCACCUCGCUACAGUCAGCCUGAUCAGCUUUUCUUACGUCAACAACAUGGCACGAGUGGGGAGCCUCGUACUGUGCGUCCACGACGCCUCUGACUUCCUGCUAGAGGCGGCCAAAAUGACAAACUAUGCCAAGUGUCAGCGCUUGUGUGACUUCCUCUUCAUCGUCUUUAGCGUGGCAUUCUUUAUCACACGACUUGUUAUAUAUCCAAUAUGGAUCCUGAACUCUACUAUGUUUGAGAGCUGGGCCAUAGUCGGGCCGUAUCCGUCCUGGUGGCUCUUCAACGUUUUACUUCUGGUCCUCCAAGUGCUGCAUAUCAUCUGGUCCUACCUCAUAGCCCGUAUAGCCAUCAAAGCCAUCCUGCGAGGCAAGGUGGGCAAUGAUGUUCGCAGCGACAUAGAGAGCAGCUCUGAAGAUGAGUCAGCCUCGCCAACACAAGGCUUCAAGACCUCCCCUCAUCCCUGUAAGGGAGAAAACGGCACUAAUGGCCACUGUGCUUCUGCCAAAGCCCGAGCUCAGAACCACAACAGCUGGUGACGCGGAGCCUGAAGCCCCCUGCCGUUCAUCCCCUCGCAGUGUCUUAGAGAGCUUUGUUUGUCUUCUGACAUUCCUCUGACGCGCAAAGCUCACUCCCACAUUCUCUCACACACACACACACACACACACACACACACUACACUGACAGUGAGCGCACACAAAUUCAUGUGUUGGUGAACUGAUGAUUGAUAGACACUGGGUCGUGUGAUGAGGCGACACGUAAAAGCUGCAAUGAAGUCUGUUGAAGCGAGUGAUUUGCAUAGCCUUAUUUUUUACAAAUGUUGGGAUUUAUCGUGUGCUUGAAGAUGUUCUUUGGAUUCAAAGUUCUCUCCCAGUUUUAUUGGUCAGAUGAACUUGUUUGGUUAUUUCUAAGGGUUAAUUCACAACAGACGGCACAGGUGUGUCACAGCAGACGUAGCAACAUUAUGUAAUAUUACAGCUGUGGUUUUAUCAGCUUUUAAAAGCACGACACCGGCUGUGAGAGACAGUGUGCCUGAACAUAUCUGCCCUUUGCAGUUCAUUGUGAAACGACCCUUCACCACAAUGUUGUGAGAGAUUUGUUUUAUUGUUUUCUUUUUUUUUUUUUUUUACUUCCGAGACCAAAAUGUUGAUGAAAUUGUUGGAUAUCACUGCCUGUAAAGAAUUCCAGAUAUAAGGAUAAUAAUAAAAGUCUGCAUCAUGUUCCUACUUGAGUACCUAAAAUAAUGUCUUUC